AUGGAGAUCACUGGCGGACGCUGUACUAUGACAUCACUCUCCGAGCUUGACGAGUUCCUUGCCGGUCUGACGGCCGCCAAGAAUCGGUUCUACAACGCGGGAGGACAUUGUCCAGCUCAGUUGGUGUUUGGCGAGCUGCCGAGGGUCCCAGCUGAACUGCUCUCCUCCCAUCCGGGAGGUCUUCAGGCCCUGGGCGAUGCCUUUCAUGACGUGGCUGGAUUGGACGAGGUGGGAGCUGAGUUUCGGCGCAGAAUGCAAAUCAGAGAACAGGCCAAGCGGCUUGCUCUGGAGGCCGACAGUAAAGAAGCUGUGAAGAGAGCAAUGAAGACUUCGUCCACCCCCGCUCGGCAUUGGAACCAAGGACAAUGGGUUUUCGUCUACAGACGUGGGAAGCCCGGAGAUCCUCUUCAUCCAGUUUCCCGUUGGGUCGGUCCUGGUCUGGUCGUUCUCCAGACUAAGUCCUUGGUUUGGGUGGCAAUGCGUACGAGAUUAUGGAGGUGUGCGCCCGAGCAGCUUCGAUCAGCCGAUCCGUCUGAGAUGAUGGGUCGUCAGUUGGCCACGGACCCCAGCUUGGGAGAACUCUUGAGACAAGUUACUGCCGGUUCUCAAGCCAAGGCAGUUGAUGUUGCACGUGAAGGGCCUCCGCCACAGGAGGAUGAGGCAAUGGUUCAUCGACUCCAGGAUGGUCCUGAUCUCCGUGGUCCCGCAGGCAUUCCACCACCUGGACCUCAGCAAGCUCCUCAAGAAGUUCUACCGGUCCUGCCGGAGAGCCUCCUGGCGCUGCUCCUCUACGUGUUCAGCGAGGAUGACUCCGGAGAGAGAAGUGACAUGACUGUUGGACCUCACGAUCCAGCUCAGGAAGGACCUCCUCACAAGGUCCAGCGUGUGGCUGCGACGUCUGAUGAUGCCACGGAGCUUCUCACCUCCCUCUUCUCCUUCAACCUGGAGGACCAGUCCUGCUCCUUCAUGGCGACCCGCAACGACGAAGUGGACGUCAAGAAGCUCGCGCGGAACGAGCAGGAGAUGUUCUUAAAGUCCGACCAGGUCGAGUGGGAGGCCAUUCUGAAGACGAAGGCCGUGCGAGUGGCCUCUGGGGCUCAGGCUCAGCGACUCCGGGCCAAGUAUCCUGACAGGAUUCUGAGUUCGAGGAUGGUGCGGCGAAAGAAACCCACUGGGGAUCUUCAUCAGUGGAAGGCCAAGAGCCGCUGGUGCCUCCAUGGGCAUGCUGAUCCAGACACGGGACAGCUCAUUACGUAUGCCCCAACUCCUCAGGUGGAGUCCUUGAUGCUAUUCCUGCAAUGCGGUCUCAACCUGGGCCACUCCUUCGCCUUUUGCGAUGUGAAGAAUGCUCGCUUAUUUGUGAUCAACAUUCCGGUGUACGGCCUAGAUGAUGCACCCGCGGCCUGGCGCGAGACUGUCACGCGAUUCCUUGUCGAGGACAUGCAUUUCACUCGCAGCUUGGUUGAGCCCUGUUGGUACUUUCGUCACGACUCCAAGGGAGUCAACCAGGCUCAGGUGUUAGUGGAGGCCCGCUUCCACUUCGGAAAGUGGGACCUUAGUGAAGCUGACUAUGCCGGCCGGAGAGUCCGGGUUCUUCAAGACCGCAUCGUAGUGGACCAGGAGAAGUACAUCCUCGAGCAGCUUCACCCGAUCAACCUCGCGAAGGAACGCAGAACGGCACGGACCGAGAAGUUAAAUCGCGAGGAGUUUGCCUCCCUCCGCUCGACCAUCUACCGCAUCAGUUGCGUUGGGAAGGAGUGUCGUCCCGAGAUGUGUGGACUGGCCUCCAUCAUGGCGAGCCGCCUCGAUCAGGCAACGGUGGAGGAUGCCCUCGUGGUCAACCGGUGUGUGAAUCAUCUUCGGAACACGGCUCAGCGACCUUUGACGAUUUGGAAGAUGAAUCCGGCCGAUUUCGCCUUCAUCAUCAUUUCGGAUGCUGGUGGCAUUGGGUCAAAGCACGAGGCCACGGACGAACUUGGACUGCCUGCCGACGCGACUCAAGGUGCCUGGAUGGUGGUGGCAGCCGAGGGCUUGCCGAUCGGUGAUCAGAAGGUCCGCGCCUCCCCGAUCAGCUGGCGAAGCAGCAAGCUCAAGAGAAAAGUCUACUCCACCUUUGGGGGUGAGACCCAAGCCAUGCUACAGGGCCUUGCGGAAGCUGACUGGCUCCAAGUCAUGCUGAGGGACGCCUGCUCUCAUGACGUUCAGCUUCGAAAUUGGCGCAACAGUCUGAGUCCCCAUAUGUUGGUGAUGAGAUCAGACGUUGAAGCCAAGACCUGCGGCCUCAGUGCAGUGUUACAGACGCCAAGAGCUUGUUCGACUGCUUGCUGA